AUGCAUAGCCAAAUGUGGUCAAUCCAACUUUUGAUACCAAGUGGUCCAUUUCUGCGUACUGCAGCCCCGUGUCUUGGCUCAGCAACUGGUGCUGAAAUUUGUCGAGCUCCAGCUCCAACAGAGACGAUGGCCCGGCUCGUUCGAAACGCAGCUUGCCUUGGGCUGUUGGCUGUGGCCGUUGCGGACAAGUCCCUGCAAGAUCGUGUCGCAGCUUUGGAACGUCUUUUGGCGCAGCAGGAAGAACUACUGCAGGCUCAGACCCUGGAGCUUCAUGGAAGCGAUGGAAGCGCGCGACGCUUGCAGGUGCCGACUUUGCCCAAGAGUAUCCACUACGCCACCGGCGACACUGACUCGAUUCCAUACACGUCUGAAGAGAAGAUCACUGGUGCUCUGGAUCAUAUUUGGUUGAUCCUGUGCGGCGCCCUGGUGAUGUUCAUGCAGGCCGGCUUCGCCAUGGUGGAGGCUGGCAGCUGCAGAGCCAAGAAUGUGCAGAACAUCCUCUUGAAGAACCUCACGGAUGUCUGUGUGGGUACCAUCGGUUGGUGGGCCUCCGGCUGGGCCUUUGCCUAUGGCGGCCCCAUGACCAGCGACGGUCUGUUGGAGAACGGCUUCGUGGGCAGUCAGCAAUUCUUUGGUGUAGGCUUCGUGACAUACAAGGCUGAUGGUCAGCUGGAGCCCACCACGGGUCCCCUGAACUGGUUCUUCCAGUGGGCCUUCUGUUCGGCCGCCGCGACCAUCGUCUCCGGCGGGGUCGCCGAGCGCGUGGCCUACGCGCCCUACGUGGUCUUCUCCUUCCUGAUGACGGCCUGGGUCUAUCCGGUGAUCGUCGCCUGGACCUGGGGCUACGGAUGGUUGGCCUCCGUAACCUCUGUAGGCUUCAUGGACUUCGCCGGUUCGGGCGUGGUGCACAUGACAGGUGGCGUCGGAGCCUUGGUGGGCGCCGCCAUUGCGGGCCCCCGCAGCGGACGCUUCCAGAUGCCGGACGAGUUCGGACCCCACAGUUUGCCCUUGAUGGUGCUUGGAACCUUCAUCUUGUGGUUCGGAUGGUACGGCUUCAACUGCGGCUCUACUCUGGGCAUGGCCGAUAACGCCACAGGUAUGCUGGCAGCCCAAGUGGCCAUGAACACCACCAUCGCUGCGGCCACGGGUGGCUUGGUGGUCUUCAUUCUGCGCUUGAUCAUGCUCAGGAAAUACGACACUGGCGGCUUCUGCAAUGGCAUCCUGGCAGGUCUGGUGUCCAUCACAGCACCAUGUGGCAAUGUGGAGAGCUUCUCGGCCUUCUUCAUCGCCAUCAUUGGGGCCCUGGUCUACCAAGGUGCCUCUUCACUGUUGAAGAAGGUCAAGGUGGACGACCCCAUCGACGCCUUCGCCGUGCACGGUGCCGCGGGCGCCUGGGGCGUCCUGGCGGCGGCGCUCUUCGACUGGGGCAACGGCGUGGACCUGCACCAUGGCUGGAGCGGUUUCGCAUGCACCGCGGACGACAACGGCUGCAUCAAGGGAGGCAACGGCGAUGCCUUGGCGGCCAACUUGCUGGAGGUCAUCAUGAUCUUCCUCUGGUCCGGUGGUUGGACUGCGUUGAUCUUCUUGCCCUUCCGCGUUUUCCGUAAAUUACGUGUGUCGGACGAGGACCAGGAAUACGGCAUUGACAGCGUGAAGCAUUCGCCGGCCAAAGCCUACAGCUACAGCGAUAUGGCCACUGGCAGCGCGAGCCCCUCGAGCCCCUCCAAGGGCGUCGCCCAAGUGGCGCCCGGGACGUCCUCGCUGCCCGUGGCCACGGAGAGCGCGCCGAAGCCGCCGACGACGGCCUUCGCGGAGAGCGCCGGAGCGGCGCCGGCCUAGCCACGCCACGGUGGCGGUGCCCAUUGGUCGAGUUGUGCGUAGCCAGGGAUGG